ACGUAACGUGCAUACCUGACUACGGUUUUUCUAUUAGUUAUGAGAAAUAUUAAAAUACACUAGGUUACCUACAUCAUUUUAAUUUUACUACAACUGAAUUCUCAAGCUAUCUAGGCACAAUCAUAUGAUUUCCAUGAUCAACUUUUCAUUUGUCAAGUCAACAUGUCAAUUGUCAUGUUAGCUUAGGAUUUUUGGUCUAGAGUUCCAAGACUUUUCUUGUCAUGUUACCUAUUACCUACCUAUGUUCUGUUUUGACUUUAUUGUAAGUGUAGUGAGUGAAUUAAAUUAAAGUAUAAAUAUAACAAGAAAAGCUCUUGCCAAAUUAUUCGUUAUGACCUAACCUUAACAACAUUCGUUGAGUGCUAGGCCAAAAGUACAGUUACUUUUUCUAUAAAUAGCCAAUAAAUUACAAUAUGGAUAUUUUGGAAAAGGUCUACCGAAAUUGUCGACAACAUCUCUUAAAUCUACCAGCAGCAGUACCAAAAAGUAUAGAUUUUUUAAAUAAAUCUGUUAAUAAUAUAAAACUACCACCUUUCACAAGGGACAAUGUACUUUAUUAUUACAUACCAAUGCAAGGGCUUGCUAGUUACACAACCCUAUCAGUUAGUGUGAUGAACCCUCAUUUAAUGGUCAGGCUCUUCCCGCAAAGAGACAUCACGGAUGUAUUGUUUCUUAGUGCUGGAACUGGGGCAGGUUUAUGGCUUUGGGCAAGACCACACAUGGCUGCAGCUGUUCCUGCACGUCGAUUUUCUUGGGCGUUUUUAGGUGGUUGUCUCUGGCCUUUAGGUUCUAUAUUUUUAUGGGCAAUCCUAAGGAGUUCAGUAGGACAAAGGCCAGUCAUUGGCACAAUAAUCGGUGUAACGACUGGAGCUAUGCUUACAAAUAUAGCUUUAGAUUAUUUCCAUUACAUAGAACUUAUGUUUUGUGGAGAAUUACAUUUACCUGAAGAAACUUAUACCCCGAAUAGUGAUGAUGAAAGAUACGAUAUUGAUAUUUAAAUGUUCAUGGCAGCCUAUGAAAUGUUUUGAGUCAUUUUAAUCUUUGUAAUUUUAGCACAUUUGCAGUAAAACUCCUAAAAUUGUUUUGACCCUGUAAGUCUUGCUAAAUAUGUAUAAAAUUUAGAUAAGUUUAUUCCAGCACUGAUCGCUUUAAAUAAAUUAUUUUAAUUGAAAA